CAUCAAUCAAACCGAGUGGGCCAAGUAAGAAUAGAAACCAUAGGUUUAUUCACAAUUUCACACCCCCCAAGUCACCAUUUCAUAACCACUUCGCUGUGAAUCUGGUAACUUUGUCUGAAAACCACUCACACACACUCAAGCAGUUCAUAAUAAUAAUAAUAACAAUGGCUAACAAGGUCACCAAUUUCUCAGAUCUGAUCCAACGGGUCACAUCCUCCUGCUUACUCCACCCAAUCGGCACCCCCCGCCACUACACCAACGACGUUACAGACGAUGAUUCCGAUUCCGACACCAAAUCGGAGAAAUUCUACGACGACGGUGAACUGGAUGACGUGGCACCGGAGGAAGGAAGAACAGGAGUUUGUAAAUCAGAGAGAGAAACAGAAAUGGAGACGUUGUUGAACGAGGUGUUUGAAACGGUGUCGUUUAUGAAGAAGGCGUAUGUUAGCUUACAGCAGGCGCAUUGUCCUUGGGAUCCGGAUAAGAUGAGGUCGGCUGACGUGGCAGUGGUGGCGGAGAUGAAGAAGCUAGGGGUUUUGAGAGAGAGGUUUAGGAGGAGAGUGUUGAGAGGCGGCGGUGGUGGUGGUGGUGAGAGGGUGGUGGCCGGAGUUACGGUGAGGGAGGUGGUGGCGCCGUAUGAGGCGGCGAUGGAGAAGAUGAAGGUGGAGGUGAGGAACAAAGAGAAGGAGAUUGAGAAUUUGAAAGAGAAGUUGAAAUCGGUUGCGGUGGUUAGUGGCGGAAGUGGUAGCCGGAAAAGUAGAUCUCACUCUCAUCAUCAUCAGUCAAAGAAGAAAGUUAACUACAGUAGUCAACUACCAGUUUCGCCGUCGCCAAUGCCGGAGCAUUUCGAAUCAUGCAUAAGUUCAGUAAAAGAAGGAUCAAAAUCAUUCACAUCGUUACUCCUCUCAUUAAUGAAAUCAGCACAUUGGGACAUAGCAGCCACCGUUAGAUCCAUUGAAGCGUCCACCGCAACCACCACCACCACCAGCACCCCGACCGCCACAACAGACUCUAUUGUAGGCCCGAAUCACGCCAAAUACGCCCUCGAAUCAUACGUCAACAGAAAAAUCUUCCAAGGUUUUGAUCAUGAAACAUUCUACAUGGACGGAAGCCUGUCAUCUCUCCUAAACCCUGACCAGUUCCGAGCCGAAUGCUUCACGCAAUACCGCGAUAUGAAAGCGAUGGAUCCGAUAGAGCUUCUUGGAGUCCUGCCCACGUGUCAGUUUGGGAAAUUCUGCUCGAAAAAGUAUAUUUCGAUUGUGCAUCCGAAGAUGGAGGAAUCGUUGUUCGGGGAUCUUGAACAGCGGCGGCAGGUGUUGGCCGGUAACCACCCGAGGACCCGGUUUUAUGGAGAGUUUUUAGUUCUGGCUAAGGCGGUUUGGCUGCUUCAUUUGGUUGCGUUUUCGUUGGAUCCGCCGCCGACGCAUUUUGAAGGGAGUCGAGGGGCGGAGUUUGACUCGCGGUAUAUGGAGAGUGUGGUGAGGUUUCCGGGCGGUAGGGUGGCUGCCGGACAUGUGGUUGGGUUUCCGGUGAGUCCAGGGUUUAAGCUUGGGGAUGGAUCAGUUGUAAAAGCUAGGGUGUAUGUUGUUCCUAGAAGUGAAUUAUAGGGAUAGAGAGUGUAAUAAUUUAUGGGGCCGACUAUACCCACACCCCCUGUAAUCUAAUCUAACACCGUCAUCGAACGACCCGUUUAAGGUUGAAUCAGACGGCCAUCUAGAUAACUUUAUGUCAAAUCAUAGCCCCCAAAAUGACCGGUUGCACAUACGUCGAACGUUCGUUUGGUGACAUGGAACGGUGUGAUUAGAAAGCAAGAGUGUGGGUAUGGUAUGACCCUAAUUUAUUUAUUUGAAUAAUUUCACAUUUAAAAUUCAUGUGGCAAUAGAAUAAUAUUUGAUACUAGUUACGGAUUA